CGAGACUCUGCUGCGGCUUCUGCUGGACAGCGGCACGGUGGUUUUGCUGAUGCUGUUGUCCCGUGGGCUUGUUGUCUGGAGCAGUUGGAGCAGAAUAAGUGGGUUUGGACUGGUCUAAACAUCAGAGCUGGAGCCCUUUCUCUUCUGACCCACAGCCCACACUCUGUACCAGGACGCCAUGGAGGAGGCGGAGCUGCUGAAGGAGCGUCUCCAGGCCAUCACUGAGAAGCACCGUAUUCAGGAGGUGAUCCGGCACAAGAAACAGGAGCUGGACCAAGAGAAGCUCAAACUUAAACAUUUGAAGAAAAAGUCUCUGAGGGAGCAGUGGCUGUUGGACUCCACUUCCCACAAUGCACCUGGCUCCGCCUCCUCAGAGCAACAGACCCGCUCCCUCCUGCUCAGCAUCUACAGGAUUGAGAAGGAGAUCGAGGCCCUGGAGAGAGAGGAGGCCAUCGUGUCCAAGAACGAGAGCUUCAUCCUGGAGCGGCUCAGAGCCGUGGAGAAGAGCACGCAGGACAUCAUCAAGGAGGCCCAUGACAGCUUUGUCCCUGAGCCCCAACCUGUUGCCGCAGCAACCCCACAUUUCCCACAAUCCCUCACUCUGACAACAAAUGACCCAGUUCAUCUAGAGGCGCCCCCAAGAAAGACUCUGUUUGCCAUGCAGAUAAACGUGAACAAGAACAUGCGCACAGGAGAGAGCACGGUGCUGUCCACCUCCUGCCUUCCCCCCGAGGACCUGCAGAGUCACCCCGGGUUCAAGGUGUAUGACGAUGGGCGAAAGUGUGUGUAUGCCCUGCACACUCUGGAGGACUCAGGCCAGAGCGGCGUGUCAGAGCUGUCAGCCUCAGAGGUGGAACAGCUGCUCAAGAGCGCCACCAUGCACCGACAGAGGAACCUGCACCACAAUGGACACACCUCCUACUGCCACCAACCCCACCGCCUGUACACCGGCCGGCUCUCCCCCAGAGACUGCACACACCUGGGGGAGGAGGAGGAUUGCUUGAGGGCCCCUAACCACCACCGCACUGGUCACAAACACAACCAGAGGAACGGGAGGGAGAUCCAGAGAGGAACCAGCUUCAGACUGCCCCAAAACAAUAACCACUGCCCUUCACACCAGCUGCGCAGACACCAGAGCUUUCAUAGCAACGGGCACAGCUCAUACCAAAACAACCACGCUAAUCACGCUAAUCACGCUAACCAUGCUAACGGCUUCACCCCAAACCGAGCCAAUCGCUGUCCCUCUCCGCGGUCACAUGACCAGGAAGUAGUGUCGGCCCAUCAGCUCAGCUACACCCCGGCCAAUGACAUCCCUCUGAGCGAUUACAUUAGCGUGGAUGAGGAAGAGGAGCUGCUCUGCUGUAGGCUGCCGCCAUCAUCUCAAAGAGCAAGCCCCACCCCCUCGCCCAUAUUUGGAGAGGACACGAACUACACCAUCCUCAACGCAAUGGAGACUGGCGAGCCAAUCACGGCAGUUUUUAUGGGAUUCCAGCCAGCAGCAGACGACAGUGGGCAGGGCCAGGAAUUUGAGGGAGCAUUGAAGGCGGAGCUAGUGAUAAUAGAUGAUGAUUACGGGAAGGAGACGGCGGAGACCAAGCAGGAGAUGAUGAAUGGGAGCAUGGGUGGGGUUAAAGAGAGACGGGCCAGGAGGCGAGUGGGACCAGGUCGUGACGAGGAGUAGACCUGUGUCCCUGCUGCUGCCUGUGAGGAC